CCCCUUCUUCAAUAAUUUGUCCAAGUCUCUGAGAGAACAACUUAAAAGAAUAAAAUACUAAUCAUUGAUGGAGUUGACAAAGAACACGACGCUAUGGAAUUGUCUCUUCGAAAAAAAUUAAUUUUGAACAAGAACCCUGCAAGAUCCUGAUUUUUGUAUACAGAUCCUCGAUGCCUGCAGCUGAAAAAUCAUCAGCCCCUUCAGGUUUAGCCCGGGAACUGUUACAGCUACCAAUUUCUAUCGCUUUAAAGAGUUUCAGGCUUAUCUCCUGUGCGGUUGGAAUUGGUGGUAUCAUUUUGUCUUAUGCUCUCGGAAUCUUCCGGCUGGUAUCAAGUCUAGGACUGAAUGGUCACUUAAGGGCGGAGGAAAGGGAGGUGUUGGAUUUUGUAUCGGCGUUUCAGCGUGAAUACGGUUCCAAAAGGCCGAAAUUUACAGCGACGGAUUUCGUGGAUGCGAUUUGGAAGUCGAGGAAUGCGUAUAAGCUGUUGUUCGUGUACUUACACUCGCCGGAUCAUCCGGAUACACCGGGUUUCUGCAGGAGAACUCUUUGCUCGGAGAAUUUUAGUGCAUUUGUGAAUGAGAAUUUCGUGGCGUGGGGAGAGAGCAUUAGAACUAAUGAAGGGUUCAAAGCAGGUAUUAGGUUGAAAGCUACACGAUUUCCUUUUUGUGCUGUGGUUGUGGCUGGACCAGACAAUACAAUGGCUGUGCUUCAACGGGUUGAGGGUGCAAAAUCUCCUGAAGAAAUGCUCAUGCUACUACAGGAAGAGCUUGAAGGAAAUGCAUGUGCUCUUAUUGCAGCAAGGCGUAAAGUGGUAGAAAGAUUUUCCUUAGGGAAGCAAGAUGCUACUCUCGGAGCAAUAUAUAACGCCAAUCAAUGCUUACUUCCAUGUUUUCGCUCCUUGGCACAUUGGACUUGGGAACAGCAAAGGAGAGAAGAAAAAGAAAUAGUGGAGGAGGCUGCUACUGAAACAAAGAGGAAAAGCGAGGAGGAGGAAGGGACUGAGGAGAGAAGAGCACAUGAGGCUACAGAAGAGCAAGACAUUUUGGAAGGAAAAGCUACUGAAGCUGAGAGGAAUGACAAGGAGGAUGGAGAGACCCUGGAGAGCACAGUGCACAGUUUUGUGGAAAAGCAAGAAUGUUUGGAGAACGAAACUGCUGAAGCAGAGAGGAAGCUUGAGGGGAGAGAAGAGGCUCAAGAUGGAGAAAAGAGCAACACUUCAGAGGAGGCUGCAUUGGCUAGAAUGUGGCAGGAGGGAGCUCUGUUACUUGGUGCAGAACCUGAAAAGGGACCUGACAUUACACAAGUUUUGAUUCGCUUCCCAAUGGGAGAACGCAAAGAAAGAAGGUUUUACAGUACUGCCAAUAUCCAGUCCCUGUAUGACUAUGUUGAGUCCUUGGACAUCUUACAGGUUGGUAAUUACAGACUUGUCUCGACUUUUCCACGCGUUGUGUAUGGUUCAGAAAAAGUUUCUUUAUCCUUGAAAGAAGCUGGAUUGCAUCCUCAGGCUAGCCUUUUUGUGGAACUGAACUCUGUGAAGUUCUAUGCCGCCUAGUGUAAUCUUCAAGAAUGGGCCAAAAUGAUGGAGCAAGGAACAUGUUUGUGUUUCAAAUGUAAAAUCUUGUACUUGACGUCUUGAGAGCAUUGAAUUGAUAAGUCCUUUAUGCUCAAAAGAAGGGUUUGCUGUAGAUAUUUCACCUGAUAGAAAUGGAAAUUGAAAAGUUAGAAUACUAAAUUUAUAAUUACCUUAUAUAUUUUCCCUCUUAUACUCUUACUAAUCUAUCUUUUGUAUGACGAGUGUUACAUGUUGACUAUAUUCGUUGUAUACUCAUUUUUUUAUCUAUAUAAUAUUAAAGCAUAAGUUUUGUUUA